AUGGCUAGUAUUGAUGAUGUAGGGAUUAGUGUAGAUGUUAGGGAUAUGUCCGAUGGUUAUUUGCAUUUUUGGGAUUUUUUACAUCCUUUUUUAAAUUUGCCGAUUAUGCGUGAGGUGGGCUUGGUUUUGCUAUUGUUUCUGGGAUCAUUGCUGAAUGUGUUGAUUCCUGAGAUUUGGUCUUGGUUAAAAGUUCGUUUUUCAUACCGUACUGAAGAUAUGGUGGAACGUCGGAUUACUGUGAAUCUUUCUGCCAUGACUAUUGGUAUGAUUUCAGAUCGUAAUGCACUUCUGCAGAAUGCAAUUUUUUUUUAUCUUCACAAGGUUUCUUGGUGGUCGAAGCUUCAACCAUCUGUGUGGAAUGAUAAACUUUGUCUGGUUCUUCUAUUUGAUCCUUUACGCAGUGCCUGGAUGGAGCGUUACGAUUCUCCUUUUCGAGUCAAUGAUGAUGAUGAUGAGAAUACUUGGGAGAAUGUUAACUGGCGCACCCGAAACGAGUUGCGUCGCUACGUGUUGGUGAAAGUUCCAACUCAAGGUGGAUGGGUUCCUGUGAGUGAGGAUGGUAUUGAGUUGUCGUAUGAGCGAAAGCGUGUUGCUGUUGAUGGCUCUGAUGGGAUAAGGAGGACGGUUAUUCUUCGUGCGCGAGGAGGAGCAGAGGCAGGCGAUCGAAUGGAAGACUUUGUACGUCGUUGUCUUGAGUAUUAUGUUGAAAACCUUCCUAAUGUUAUGAAUGACGGUAGAGUUUUUCUUGAACUACAACCUACGUCAAAAGAAAGUGGAAGUGAGUCGCAGGUAUGCUUUAAACGUUAUCCUCUUAGUGAUAAUAAAACAUUUGAUACACUUUUUUUCCCUGAGAGAGGUUCUAUUCUGAAACUUGUAGACAAUUUUAUGGCAAAAAAAGGUCGAUUUGCUACUGAAGGAUUUCCUGUCAAACUUGGAUUUCUAUUAUAUGGUCCUCCUGGAACUGGAAAAACAUCUUUUGUAAAGGCUCUUGCUUCCUACACGAAGCGUCAUGUAGUUUCGGUUCAUCUUCCAUUUCUUCGGACUAAUCAAGACCUUUACGAUAUCUUUCUAAACCGCGAAUUUCACUGUAUUGGUGAGUCUGAUGUCACCGUGUUUGGGAUGGAAGAUGUUAUAUUUCUUCUGGAUGAUGUGGACUCGUCCAGUCAAUUGGUGCGUUCGCGUGUACGACGUCAACAUUUACGUAAGCGUCGCUCUGCAGCUCUUGAGGCGGGUGGGGAUACUGCAGAUAAUGAAUUAUGUUCCUCUGCAAGCGAUGAGGGUGGUGAGGUGGAGCUAUCAAGUGAUGAUGAAAAUCCUAAUAACGAUGAAGAAUCACCUUCGCGAGAUGAACAUAUUGAUAUUGUUAAUCAACUACUAUUGGGUGUUCUUGAUCCACGUUCCUCAUUAGAAGGACAAUCUGCAACUGGAAAAACACUUCGACGAGAUAUUACCGGAAAAGAUUCAUUAUUAAAGUUAUUGCAAGCUUCUGAUACAUUAAACCUUUCUGGACUUUUAAAUGUGUUGGAUGGAGCUGUAGAUACACCUGGUCGUAUAGUGGUUAUGAUUACAAACCAUCCAGAAAGAUUAGAUCCAGCAUUAGUAAGACCAGGACGUUUUAGUGUAAAAUUGCGUAUGGACUAUAUUCGUUUACCUGCCCUUUUAGAUAUGCUAGGACUUCACUUUGGAUCUGUUGAAGAUAAAAAUGACAAAAAUGACACUGAGAAUGACAAUGAGAAUGAUAAUAAAAAUGUAAAAGAAAGUAAACUUGUGGAAUACAAGAGUGGAAAUAUAUCUGUAACAAAAACUAUGGGAAAUCUAAAACUACCAAAACUGAACGCGGUUGACGCUGCACGUGUCCGGGAAGUCGUAGCUAAACUCGAAACUCGAAAUAAUGAACAAGGUACAAAAUCGACAGGUCUCGUUAUUUCUCCUGCAGAAGUUGAGGCAAUGUGUACUGUUUGUGCGACAUUAGAUGAGUUUAUUGAGCUUCUUUGUUCACGUUUUUCAACUAAUGAAGUGGAAAAGGAAAGAGACUAG